UGGAAGCAAUGAACAUUUCGCAUUUUCUCCCUCCAGAUGGAAGAAACAUAACAGAUCGAAAAGGCAGCGGGACUGGUUGGAAAGACUGAUGUGAAAGGAGAAGAUUUCUAGAAGGACAAGAAGAUAAACGCACUCUUGGAACAAACAACCAAUGGAAGAGGUGAAAAUAAGCUGUUCGAAAGCCCUUGCAAUGAUCCGUUUUGCAAACGUUUAUUCGCUGUGAAAAGGGACAUUCUGGAAACUAUGAAUCAAGGAUAGCAGUACAGUCACAUUUAACAGCUGCAUGGCUGUCCAAAGCGCAAACAUGAAAGGAUGACAUGGAAAUCAGAACAUCCGACUGAAAGACCACUGCUUUCUCACGCUCAUAUAGAUGGAGAGACAGUGCUUGUGAACGAUGUAUGCUGGAGGAGAGAUGAACAUUAGGUAGCGUCGGUAAAUAUCCAAGGAAACUGGAAAGUGGACAGUAAAGAAUAGCUGGUGGGGAGCUGUCAAAAGGAUGGAUUUUAGCGUACUACGGAAUCUCAUCAGUAGAUACUGUGCUGGGGAGGAGUACUGGGUGGACAGCCGGACAGUAUACAUCGGUCACAAAGAACCCCCGCUGGGGGCCGAUGCCUACAUCCCUCAGCGUUAUCCCGACAACCGCAUUGUCUCUUCCAAGUACACCGUAUGGAACUUCAUCCCCAAGAACCUGUUUGAACAGUUCAGAAGAAUCGCCAACUUCUAUUUCCUGCUCAUCUUCCUGGUCCAGCUCAUCAUAGACACGCCUACCAGCCCCGUCACCAGCGGACUGCCUCUAUUCUUUGUCAUCACCGUCACUGCCAUUAAACAGGGUUAUGAAGACUGGCUGAGACACAAGGCAGACUGCAGUAUAAAUGAGUGUCCUGUGGACGUGGUGAAGGAAGGGACGGUGGUGAGGACACAGAGUCACAAGCUACGGGUGGGGGACGUUGUCAUGGCGAGUGAAGACGAGACGUUCCCCUGUGACCUCAUCCUGCUCUCAUCCAGCCGCGAUGACGGAACCUGCUACGUCACCACCACCAGCCUGGAUGGCGAGUCCAGCCACAAGACCUACUAUGCUGUACCAGACACCAUGGCCUUUAAGACAGAGCAGGAGGUGGACUCUCUACAUGCGACUAUUGAAUGUGAACAACCACAGGCUUGA